AUGUCCAAUACAGUAGAAACCCACCUCCUUGCAUACCCAUUCCCCUCUUCUGGUCACGUAAUUCCCCUCAUCGACCUCUCCAAAAUCCUAGUCUCUCACAACAUACACGUCACCGUUUUGGUAACUCCAUCAACCCAAAACCUUGUCCCUACAAACUAUUCCCCUCUUCUCCAAACCUUCCUUCUCCCCCAACCUCAUUUCCCAAACCCAAACCAAAACAGGCUCAUUUCCAUCCUCUCUUUCAUGCGCCAGCACCAUUACCCGAUUCUCCUUCACUGGGCCCGGACCCACCCUUCACCCCCUUCAGCUAUCAUCUCUGACUUCUUCCUUGGCUGGGCUCACCUUCUCGCACGUGACCUCCACGUGCCGCGCCUACUCUUCUCUCCCACUGGUGCUUCCACGCUCUCAAUCUGCUUCUCUUUAUGGCGUGACAUAGACCUACUCCAAAAUGAUAACACCGAUGACCCAGAUUCUGUUGUUUCCUUCCCAACUCUUCCGAAUUCUCCAUUUUACCCCUCGUGGCAAAUCACCUCAAUGUUUAAGGAAAAGAAAGGGGAACCACAACCAGAAUUGGAGAUCAUAAAUAACGAUUUCCGCUUAAAUCUUGAAGCUUGGGGUGUCGUUUUCAACUCCUUCCUUGAUUUGGAACCAUCUUACUUUGAUCAUUUAAAGAAAGAACUGGGUCAUGCUAGAGUUUGGGCGGUGGGUCCAGUUAUGCCAACUGAACCCGGUUCGAAUGAACCGGAAGAAAGAGGCGGGACCAGCACUAUUUCAUGCGACCUACUCACCACGUGGCUCGAUAAGCUUGAGGACCGUUCGGUGGUUUAUGUUUGCUUUGGAAGCCGUACAGUUCUGACCACCGUGCAAAUGGAGGUUUUAACAACUGCAUUGGAGUUAAGUGGGGUUAAUUUCAUAUUAUCUGUGACGGCUCCCGAUGAACGACAUGUAGAUCAGGAUUGCGGUGUAAUACCGAGUGGUUUCAUCGAACGGGCGAGAGGGAGAGGGAGAGGGUUUGUGAUCGAGGGAUGGGCGCCGCAGUUGGUGAUACUGAGUCACCGUGCAGUGGGAUCGUUCUUGACUCAUUGUGGUUGGAAUUCGGUGUUAGAAGGGUUGGUUUCUGGUGUGGUGAUGCUGACGUGGCCGAUGGGUGCGGAUCAGUAUACGAAUGCGAAGCUGUUAGUGGAUCAGUUAGGUGUGGCGGUUCGAGUCGGAGAAGGGAAUAAGAAGGUUCCAAAAAUAAGUGAGCUAGUGGAGAUAAUAAAGGGAUCUUUAGGAGGGUUGAAGGAGAGGGUAAGAGCUCAAGAGUUGAGGGAUGCUGCAUUGGGUGCCAUUCAGAAAAAUGGAAGUUCACAUAAACAGUUAGAUGUGCUGGUGAAGGAUCUUAAUAAACUUAAAAAUGAGUGA